AUGGAUACAUCUACGAAUCAUCUACUACAACAACAUAACACUGGAGAUACAUUAUCAGAGUAUGAAGCAGCUCUAUACGAUCGUGGUAUUAGAGUAUGGGGUGUUGAUGCUCAGAAUCGACUGAGAAAGGCACAUGUCUUGUUUGUUGGAUUGACAGGUCAAACUGCUGAGGCAUGCAAGAAUGUUACUCUGUCUGGUGUUGGAAGAAUCACUAUUAUCGACUCGCAUACUGUCACCUCGACAGAUCUAUCUCUUUUAUUGACUGAUCAAUCAAUUGGUCAAAAUGUACGUUCAACUUUGAGAGCAAAAGCAUCAUUGGAAUCAAUUAAAGAGUUGAAUCCAUUGGUUAGUGUAAAUAUAGUAGAAAGAGAUGUAUCAACAUUUGACGAUGAAUUCAUCAAACAAUUUACAGUGGUUUGUGUAGAUGGUUUGGAUUUCCAACAACAAUCUAUACUCAAUGAAUUGUGUCAUCGAAAUAGUGUAUCAUAUCUAUUGAACCAUUCAUUUGGUAUGAGAUCCUUUUUCUUUGCAGAUCAUGGUCAUUCAUUCCAAUACAUUGUUAAAAAGAAAAAGACUACUCCAAAUACAAACAACAAAACAACAACAGAUGGAAAACAACCAGCAGCAGAGGAAGAAACAGAAGAAAUAAUAGAAAAAGUAGCAAGAUUUGCAAGUUUAAAGGAAAUGUUAUCAUCAUCUUGGUCAAAGUUUCCAAAUAGAAUAUCACCAAUCAUAUUUUUCAUUCAUCUUUUAAAUCAAUAUCAAAUUAAUAAUAAUGGUAAAAUGGCAACUUGUAAAGAUGUAGAUGCACUCGUUACAUUAUUGGAACAAGAAAACAAAAAAUAUAAUAUUACGCCAAUCAACAAGAACACUGAUUUCAUCAAACUCAUGACCAGACAAAUCAACGCAGAGAUUGCACCUGUAUGUGCCAUCGUAGGUGGUGUUUUGGGUCAAGAAAUUGUUAAAAUUAUAUCAAGAGACAAUGAUCCAUUCAAUAAUAUAUUUUUAUAUGAUUCAUUAACUGGUCUUGGUACUGUUGAAAAUAUCCUAUAA